AUGAUAAUUUCAAUUACGAUUACUUCUACUUUCUUAAUAAUAAUACUUUAAGUAGUUAAAAUAAAAGCUGUAGGGUGUCCUUUUAGAUUAGAUGGAUGCACAAAUUAAGAUUUAAGGGUUAAACAGAUUUUGUUACUAAAAUCUAAUCCUUAAAGUGAUGUCUAAGAUAUCGCAGCUGUAGUUUACGAUCCUUUCACUGUUGGAAUUUUUAACUUUGAAAUUAAUAAAUAACUCAAAGUUAUUGAGCAGUAGGAAAAUGUUUCCUUCUACUAAAUUGAUAAGGAUGACAGGUCUCAACUAUAAGCUUCAAUUAUUCAUACUUUGGACGCGAAUGGUAGAAUAAUAACAUGGAAUUCAGGUAACGGAUUCAAAUAAAAUGUAGUAUAAAUACCAAAUAUUAUUACAAUAUAACCUAAUUCUUGUCUCAAUUCUGAAGAAAUGCUCGUGUUGACUUGGGAUGAUACAAAGAUUUAUAUUAUCGAUUUCUCUUAACAAUAGAAUAUUCAGUUUGAUAGUUUAAAUGUUGAUAAAGCUAAAAUAUUUUAAAAUUGCUUUAAUGAUAAGAUUAACAGAAGGUUUUUAAUAAUUAAUUAACAAGGGUAGUUAUACUCUUAUGACAUAUAGAAAAAAUUAUUUAGCUUAUAAUUUCAAAUUAAUUAAUUCAAGAGCUUAUAAUCUCUUUUUAGCACCUAAAAUCAAAUAUCUAUUUCUUACUAGUCAAGUUAAGGUUAAAAUUUUGUUACAUCUUAUAAAAAUAAUACUUUGCAAUUUAUCGCUUCGUUUUCAUAAAUAUCGACAAAUGUUUUAGUAAGUAAGUAAGAAGAUAUUUUAAUCUUAAUAGGAAAUAACAACUUAUUUACGAUUUGGGAAAUAAAAUCACAAAAAAUAAUUUAUAUCCCAGAUUUUUAGAAAAUUUAUUGCGAUUAGAGAGAUUCAAAUAACACAAAAGUUGAUGGAGUUAUAAAUUUUAAGUUUGGCUCAAUAAAUGAAAAAGAUGAAGUAGCAGUAGUUUCUGAUUCUUAUAUUUUUGUGUAUUCAAUAUAAGAGAAAAAACCAAUUCUUUUCAAAAGCUAAAAUUUAGGGUUAAGUUGGUUUUAAGCUUUUGUUGUUUAAAAUAGUGUAAUCCUUAGCCAAACUUACUCUGUUUCUAGCAUUGAUAAAAGGACGUCAAGAAUCAAUUAUUUAAUGAAUUAUUUUUCGAAUGGAUAAUCUAUCUAUGAUAGACCAGUUUAGCUAGAAGUAGAUAACGAAUUGAACAGAGUAAUAUAUAGUGAUUUCAAAGGAAAUUUGUAAAUUUGGUCUUAAAUUAACAAUCAAUAGGAGUAUUUCAUUUCAGAAUACGGUUCACCAUUAUUUUUCAUUCUAGAUAAGUAACUUAACAAGUUAGUUUUAUACACUAAUUCUACGGUAUAGGCAAAGAUUUAAAUCUAUGAUUAUCAAGAAGUAAAGCUAUUAGAUACUUUAUCAUUUCCUUACUAAAAUACCUAAUUGUUAGAUACAUUUUUAUUGUACCAAGACAAAACAAAUGGAUAUCUAUUGGGUUUCGAUAAGGGAAAUACAAAUUAUGUUAUUUACAGAUUUACGGAGGAAUCUAAUUAUCCUACUCUUUAUAGUUGUACUCUAAUUAAAAAUGGCAUUAUUACAAAUACUAAUAUUUAUUUGUUAGAAAAUUCUAAAUAAUUUUUAGUUCAAAUAGCAGGAGUUUUGUACAUGUUUAGCUAUUUACCAGAAAAUGGAAAUAGACUUACAAGUUUCACUAUAGCUGGAUAAAAUAUUUAAUAUUCAUUCUUUUAAUAUAUCAAGUCAGCUUAAAGACUUAUAUGCGUCCAGGACACAUCUAUAUAAAUUUAUUAGUUUAGUAGUGGCCAAUUUAAUUUAUAAAAUCAAAUAAAUUAUUAUUCAGGACAAAGUAAUUCAAUAUUCUUAGCAGAAGCAUAAAACACUUUGAUAAUUUAGAGAACAUCUUAACUCUUUUUUAAAAACUACUUAACUUAAAACGAUUAAAUGAUAAAUUUUAAUAAUCUCUAGAUACUACGUUAUUAAUACGACUCCUCUCAAUCACUUUUGAUAUGCUUAGAUAGUAGCUUUAUGAUUACUGUAAUAGAUGUGUUAGCAAUUAAAUCUUUAUAUCAUAUAUAAAUUGAAGAGAAUAAAAUAGCCUUCUUCAAUAUACAAGAAGAUAUUAAUUUCAUAAUAAUUAGCUAUUAUAAUGGUCAAAUCUUAAUUUAUGAUUAUUAAGCGAAUGUUAUUGUUUCAACUUACAAUAAUUAUUUAUACAGUUUGCUCUAUAAGUUUGAUAAAUCUAACAAUAAUUUAAUACUUUAAUCUUAGCUCUAAGUUUCUUCAAAAAGAUUGACAAAUCUUGGUCUUAUUAGUCAGAUAAAUAAUUAUUCACUUUACUAUUUUUGGGUAGAUGAAAUGACUGGACUAACUUUUAUUUUAACGGAUUAAAUUAUCAUUAUUUAUAAUCCAUUUACAUAAGAGUAUCUUCCACAAUUUUCUGUUGAUUUUGAUUUUUCUUUAAUCUACGCUAUAUAUUAUAUUCCACAAUUAGAUUUUCUUUUGAUAGGAUAUUUUGACUACUAAGUAAAUAAAAUAUAUGUUUACAAACUAAGCUCUUAAGCACAUCUUGCUACUUUGGAUCACAAUAUUAAACAUUGCUACUACGUCUAUACCUUCUUUUAUGACAGUUACUCUAAAAGACUUUUUUCUGGCUGCGCAUAUCCAGCAAGUGUAAUAGUUUGGGACCUAAAUAACUUUUAAAUGAUUAAGCUCCUUGAUAAGAUACUUUAAUCAUCGGUUGUUGAAUCAAUUAAAUUUUAUCCUCAAAAAUAAAUUAUUUUAAUGAGUGGUUAUAAUUGGUGGGGUGUUACUGUAGAUUAUAAUACACUAGAGAAAAGAUGCUAAAUAUUGGGUAUAUUUGGAGAAAUUGAUUAUAGUCAUAAUCUACAAAUUUUGUGGGAUCAAAAUGGAGAUUUUCGUAUUUUUGAUAUAAAUUGCCACUAAAUAGCAUUUUAGCAUGCUCACACUGGGUGGAUUAAAUAGCUUUUAAUAGAUGAAGCAAAUAUGUAUCUGACAACAUUAGGUUUUGAUUAAUAUGUUAAAUUAUGGAACUACUAAAAUAUUACUUAGCCUAUAUUAAUAUCUUAACGCUUUUUAACAUAUUCCCUAACAUAUGGUUUGUUAGAUAAUGAUAACAAUUUGGUUUUAGUAGUAGACUCCUAAGGUUAUAUAUAUAUUUUAUCUUAUCCUGAUUUAAAUCUUCUCAAAGCAAUUUAAGCAACUUUUGCUUAAAUAGAUAUGAUUUCUUUGAUUAAACCAUUUAAUCUUAUUGCUAUAGGUAGUUACGAUGCUAGUUGUUUUUCAUUUUAUAAUCUUUUUGAAUUAAUUUCUCCAAAUUAAAAUGAAUUGUAUUUUAGAUACGAAGGUAUUUUAUCUACUUUAAUGACUGAUCAAGGAGUAAUAUUCCACUAACUUGGAAAUAUAGUCUAAUCUUGGAAUUAUUCUACUUAAAAACUAAUUUAUGGGUUUUUUGUAAACAGUUAGUUUGAAUCUUUCGAGGCAGAAAGUAGAUUUUUAUCUUUGAGUAGAUAUUAAAACUUAGCGGUUCUUUUUACAAGGGAUUAAACGAUUUUCUUCAAUACCAACACUUUAGAUAUAAUUAAUGUUCAGCAAUUAAAGUGUAUGAAUAGUAUUUAAAUCUAAAUAUUUUUAAUUUGCGCAUUAACUAACAAACUUACUGUAUUUAGUUUAGAUAGCUUUUCUAUUUAUUAGUAAAUUGUACUAAAUCCAAACUAAAGCAUUAUAUCAUUGCAGCAAAUAUUUCAAACUGAUUCUUUCUUCGCUACAACUACAUAAGGAGAAAUCAUUUGUUACUCACUUCAAUCAAAUUAGUUUUUGAACAAAUUUUAAACCAAAAUACUAAAUCAAGCUAUUGCUAAUUAUUAAUAGAUCUAAUAAAAUGAAUUUUACAUUAUUUUAGCCUCUGCUUUUGAUGGAAGUUUUGGAUACAUUUAAAUUUCAAUAGAUUUAAAUAAUAUCAAUUAACUUGAUUUUAAUCUUCCUGGUAAAAGUUCUCAUGCUCACAAAAUUAUAUAUUUUAACAACAAUCUGUUCAUAAAAAGGAUUUCAGACUACUAUUUAGGUUUAUAUAACAUAAACACUAUGAAUUAAAUUACUUAGAUUAAAAGUCCAUGUGUGGGUUAUACAUAUAAACUAGAUUUCAGUUAAGAGUACGAUUUAAUUUUACAGAGCUGUGUAGGAAAUUAUAGAAUUAAUUAGCUAUCUACAUUUUAAGAUAUAGUUUAUGGUAGGUUUACAACAUAGCUUAAAUUAACUAAAAUAUAUACAGAAACAUUAAAUUAGAUCAUUUUUAUCAAUAAAGAUUACUUUAUAGAUGCAUAUGACCAUUAAAUAUUUAUUUUUUAGAUAGAUUAUAAGUAAAGUAAAAUUACUUUAAUUGGUAGUUACUAAGGAGAUCAUUCAUUGGGUUCAAUAGUAAGCUAUAAUAUUAUAAAUGAUUAAAAUAAUAUAUUUAUUUAGCUAGUGCUAUAUUCUGUCAGCAAAAUAUCUAAAGUUUAACUUCCAAUCUAAGGAGAUAAUAGCUGCAAAGAAAUAUUAUCUUAUAACUAAAUAUCAGAGGUCUUGCUUUCAAUACAAGAUGUGUAUUACUAAAUUUCAAAUUAUUUUAAAAUAGAAGAAAUGAUAUUUACUUUAACUGUAGAUAAAUACACUUACUUAUAGCCUUUAUCCCCUUUUAUAUUUUCAUAAAUAACUCAGUUAAAUAUAAUGUCUGAUCCUGUCUAAAAUAUUAAGUAGUCUAUAAUAAUCAGUUAAGAGCUAUUUAACUCUUUCUAAGGAUAUGAUUAUAUAUCUUUAGAAAACUUUAAUAUAUAAUCAUCAAAAUCAGAAUCAAAUAAUUAAAGUUUUAUAAUAAGCAAUUUAAAUUCUUUUACCCUCAAGGACAUUUUAUUUACAAAUCUAAAUCUGUUCUAAUUUGAUAUAAGUUUAAUAUAUACCUUAAUUUUUCAGAAUAUAUCAUUUAAAAAUAUGUAAAUGAGCAGUCAAAUAUAAGUAAAUUUAUUUAAAUUCUCUUCAAUAGACACAAUAAUAAUUAAGGAUGUAGAAAUAGUUUAGUGCUCAUUUAAAUAGAUUACCCUGUUUAAUUUUUAAGAUGAUAUUAAAAAUAAAAAAACCUCAAUUUUAUUUUCUGGUUUGAUAAUAAAUAGUUCAGAGUUUAAUUAUGACAAUAAUUUAUUGGUUGCAGCACCCUUAUUUAUAUCUAAUUAUAACAAAGUUGAGAUAUAAAAUUUCAUCUUAAACUCAAAUAUAGGAAAUGGAAUAUUUUUCAUACUAAGUAAAGUUAUUUAAAGCAUGUCCAUUAAUGGAGCAAGUUUGCUAGAUAAUAAAGAUAUUUUAUUUUUAUCUUAUAGUCAUAGCUCACAAUAAUCUUAGUAGAACAUUAUUGCUGUAGAAUAGAUAACUGAUGAUAGUGUUUAGUUAUAAAAUCUUAUUCUAUUUAAUAAUUUUUUUAAUAUUAGCUAAACAAAAGCAAUUACUUCUUUUAUAGAUAUUAAAACUAGUAACUUGACAUUAAAUUAAUGCUAAAUAUAAAAAAAUAGUGUAUUUUAAAAUAAUUAAAUAUCUAUAUUAAGCUUAAGCUAGUUGGUAUACUUCAAUUCAUCAGACUUAAGCUUUACUAACAAUCAAGGAUUUUAAAACUUAUUAGCACUUUCAGAUUCCUAAAAUAAAAACUAAAUAAGCAAAAUGAUUUUUUUGAAUAAUAAAGGAAAUAUUUUGCUAUUGAUCGCAUAAUCAAACUUACUUCUUAGUGAUUCUUAAGUAUAAUAAAAUCUGUCAUAAGAAGCAAACUAGCAAUAAUCCUUGAUAAGUAUCCUUUCUAAUUCUUCUGUAAUCAUGAAUAAUAUCUAGUUUGGAGAGAAUAUUUCUAAUAAGGGAGGAUCUAUUUACGUAUAAUAAAGCGAAUUAAUUAUAUUAAGUAGUUUAUUUAACAAUGAUAAAAGUUCAUAUGGAGGAUCUAUUUAUUGUGACAAUUCAAAAUUAAAUAUUACUAAUUCUUAAUUUGAUAAUUGUACAUCUUCUUUUGGAGGUUGCAUAUAUGCUUUUCAAAGUAAUUUAAGCUUAGACAGUGUUAAUUCCAGUUAUUCAAAAGCUAGUUAAGAUGGAGGGUUUUUAUAUAUCAAUAAUAUAAAUAGGUUUACUUUAUCUAACAUAAAUAUAUAAUAUUGUUCUGCAUAGAAUGAUGGAGGAUCAAUUUAUAUUAUUAAUUCUGGUGGUAUUGAUUCUUUUAUCACAUCAUCAAACUUUAAUAAUAAUAAAGCACUUGGAAGUGGAGGAACAUUGCUAUUAGAUAACUCUGAACUGAUGAUAAAUUAUACUAGCUUUAAAUAUAAUUCAGCUGGUGUUGGUGGUGUUAUUAGAUAUUUAAAUUUAAAGCCAAGCUUUUUAUUAAAUACAUAAAAGAAUGUUAAAGAUUCUUGCAAAACCUAUAGUUUUAACUACUGCAAGUAAAAUAAAGCUAUUAUAUUUGGAAAUUAAAUAGCUAGCUAUCCUACAUACGCAUCAAUUUUUCCAAAUAGCAAUUUUAAUGUAGAUAUAACAUAAUACCCUAAUAUUACAUUUCAUAAUUUUAGAAGUGGACUAAAUAAUUUUGAUUUAUUUAUUCAAUUUUUAGAUGAAUUCAAAGAUACAGUAAAAUAAAUAGAUUUCCAAAAUUAAUCCAUAGUUGAUUAAAUUAGCUAAAAUUUAUUGAAUGAAAUCAGACAAUAUAGUUGUAGAGUGUAUAUUAAUCAAAAUUUUACAGAUUUACAAUCAGAAGUAAUAAAAUUAGAUGGAUCAACUUCAGCUGAUUACUCCUUUUAUGGAUAAAAUAAAAUUGGUUGCUUAAUGAACAAUUUUAAAAUAGCUGGCGUACCUGAAAGUAGUUCGUUUUUGAUGCUUUAACUUAAUGGGAUGAGAGUAACUAAUAGCACUAAUUAAUUUGUUGAUCUUAAUAAUAUCUAAAUUAAGAUCGAGUUUAGACAAUGCGAAGUUGGAGAAUUUUAUACCCAAAAUUGUGAAGGAUGCUAAUUGUAUGAGUGCUCAUAAUGCUAAAAUGGGACUUACUCUUUAAUUAAACCUGAAAAAAGUAAAUAAAUUGAAUGUAAAGAAUGUGAUAAGUCUCAAGUCGAAUCAUGCUACUUGAGUGAAAUUAAUUUGAGAGAAAAUUAUUGGAGAACAAGUAAUUCAUCUGAUUAAAUCUAUGCAUGUAGCAAUUCCUUUAAGUAAUGUAAUGGAGAUUAGUCAAAAGGUUAUUGUAAUAUUGGUUAUACAGGAGCUUUAUGUUCUGCUUGCGAUAAUUACGGCAUGUUAUGGGGAGAUAAUUAUGGAUAAUUUUAUUUUAUUUAAUUUUCAUGA